UGUUUUGGACGUCACUAUCCUGUGGUGUCGAGCGUAUCGAACAAAGUACUCUACCACAUCGAAAAGAACUUCGGUUGCCUCCUGAGCAAUAUGACCAUUCACCCGUGGCUCAAACAUUCGGACUUGGAGGCUAUGAGCGAGGCUGUUCAUCGUAAAGGUACUCCUCUGAGCAACUGCUGGGCGUUUAUCGACGGUACAGCGCGCCCCAUAUGCCGACCCUCGCAAGACCAGCGCCUGUACUUUUCAGGGCACAAGAGGCUACAUGUGCUCAAAUACCAGUCUUUGAUGUGUCCAAAUGGGCUCAUCUGCCAGCUGGAUGGACCAUACCCGGGACGAAGGCAUGAUGCGGGCAUUCUUCAGGACAGCCAGUUGUAUGAAAAGCUGGAAGCAUUGGCACUGGACAAGGAAUUCGUUAUAUACGGCGACCCAGCCUAUCCUCUCCGCCCACUGCUUAUUAAGCCCUAUGGAGGAGCAGCAUUGACAGCCUCCCAGCAAGAGUUCAAUUCAUCCAUGAGUGCGGUCAGACAGGCCGUUGAGUGGGGAUUCGGAACGGUUACCUCAGAAUUUGCAUUUGUGGACUUAAAAAAAAACCAAAAGAUACUACUUCAGGCCGUACCACGCAUGUACAGGGUUGCUGUUAUCCUGACCAACUGUCAUGCUUGUAUGUAUGGUAACCAAGUCUCCACAUAUUUUGAUGUGCAGCCACCUUCUCUGCAAGAUUACUUGAGCCCUGCCAGUCAUUAAGUGCGGCGCAAUGUAAUCUAUAUAAACCUCAAUCAACUAUUUUGUGCAACGGUACGAGCCCACCACCAUGAGAACGUUUCAAA